GUGUUUUGUAUUUGUUAAGGGCAUCAUCUUCCUGACAAGGCAAUUGAUUUAGUCGACGAGGCAUGUGCAAAUGUGAGAGUUCAACUUGAUAGUCAGCCAGAAGAAAUUGACAAUCUUGAAAGGAAGAGAAUGCAACUAGAAGUGGAGCUUCAUGCUCCAGAGAAAGAGAAGGACAAAGCUAGCAAAGCCCGUCUUGUAGAUCUCAGUCUGGCCGUUGUCGGCCUUAGGAAUUGAACCGAAGUUUGCAAUUCCCAAGUCUGCCAAAAUGGAUGAAGUGGUUCUUGCAAAUGGAUUUGUUGGAAGUGUUCUCUCAGACUACUUCUGGGCACUCUGUGUUGUAUGGACAACUCCCCUCGUGGCCACUUUGGGCAUGUCACUCACUAUUCCUCUUGCUAUGUUGGCUGAUAUGGUAAUCCACGGCCGGCAUUAUUCAGCAUUAUACAUUCUUGGCUCAGCUCAGGUGUUUGCAGGUUUUGUGAUAGCUAAUCUUUCAGAUUGGAUGACAAAGAGGUUGGGAUUAUAGCACAUGAUGUUUUGUUGAUUAGUUUGGAGACAACACUUAUCCUAACUAGUUGAUUCAUUAUAGAAUUACU